AUGAACUCGUCCACCAUUCGCACCGAGCUGCCUCCCACCGCCGUCGCCUUCAUCGAAAGCGCCGCCGCCUCGUUCCAGAAGAUCCCUGGCUCCGCCAUCGUCAUCCGCUACGUCCGCUCCUCCUACCAAAACGAUCCCAUCCGCAGUCUAGUCGAACUCGUCCUCUUCAUAUUCGCAGUGCGAUAUCUCCUCGCGCCGGCAUACAGCACCAAGAAGACGAAGAAUGUGCAUUUGACGGAAGAUGAGAUCGAUGAGUUGGUGGAGGAUUGGACGCCGGAGCCGUUGGCAGGCGAGCAGAGUGAGUGGGAAAGGUUGGAGAAUGAUCGAAUCCCCGUGAUUAUUGGUCCUGCGGCUCCCAAGACGAAGUUGCAGAAUGGGAGGACUGUGACGAAUCUGGCGAGCUAUAACCACUACAACUUUGCGAGCAACCCUGAGCUCACGGCGAAAGCGGUUAAUACCGUGCGCACGUAUGGUGUUGGGCCUUGUUCGCCUCCGGGUUUCUAUGGCACACAGGAUGUUCACAUGAAGAGUGAGGCGGAUAUUGCGGCGCAUCUGGGCAUGCCGGCAUGCAUCAUUUAUGCGCAGAGUUUCUCGACUAUCAGCAGUGUCAUUCCGGCUUUCAGUAAGAGAGGGGAUAUUAUUGUUGCGGACAAGGCCGUCAACUACCCGAUUCGCAAAGGUCUACAGAUUUCAAGGAGUACAGUGAGAUGGUACGAACAUAACGACAUGGAGGAUUUGGAGCGAGUCCUGGCAAAGGUGGUAAAGGAGGGACAAGGCAAACCUUUGACGAGAAGGUUCAUUGUGACUGAGGGUUUAUUUGAGAAUACUGGAGAUGUGGUGGAUCUUCGGAAUCUUGUCGAGCUGAAGUUCAAGUACAAGUUCCGUGCCAUCCUGGACGAGACCUGGUCAUACGGAAUCAUGGGACGAACAGGCAAAGGUGUAACAGAACAUCAACACGUCGACCCUAACAAUGUGGACAUGAUCAUUGGUGGACUGGCAGGCUGCAUGUCAAGCGGAGGAGGCUUCUGCGCAAGCACAGAAGAAAUCGUUGAACACCAGCGUCUGUCUGCUGCGGCGUAUACCUUCUCUGCUGCACUACCUGCACUGCUUGCAACCACGGCAUCCGAAACCGUCACCAUCUUGCAAGAAGAGCCGAGCAUCAUCCAGAACCUGCGAGAAAACAUUCGUGCCAUGCGAGCACAGCUCGAUCCAAGGAGUGAUUGGGUGCAGUGCACAAGCACGCCAGAGAAUCCAGUCAUGCUGUUGGUGCUGAAGGACCAACAUGUCAAGGAUCGGGGGUUCAGUCGACAGGAGCAGGAGUUCUUGCUGCAGGACUGUGUAGACGAGUGUCUCGCCAAUGGCGUGCUCAUCACGCGGUUGAAGUCAAUGCCGCCAGCGCUCGGCAUGUCGCCCAAGGAUCAGGAGAAGGAGUGGCAGCCCCGGCCCGCCCUCAAAGUCUGCGUCACCACCGGCCUGUCCAAAAAGGAAACGGAGAAAGCUGGCAUCGUCAUCCGGCAUGCGAUCACUGCCGUGAUGAAGGGGAAGAAGUGGCAGCGGUAG